GAUUUGAAAUUACAUGGUGCCAUUCCCUAUCCUCAGUCUUGCAAUCUACUUAGCUUUUGUCUUGGAGUAGUUUUGCUUUAUUUAUUUAUUUAUUUUAUGGGUUAUAUACCCUUUUCAAUUCAUAGCAAAAGGUAAGAGUUUUGAUUUUAAUCUUCAUGUCGGCACUGGGUGACGACGAGUUAAGCUUAGUUCUCAAAUGGGUUUAUGAUCAAAAUGACAGGAAAUCCUUCUCUCAAGUCUGCAAACAAUGGCUGCGAGUUGAAGGUUUAACCCGAUUAUCCAUUCGGGUUCUUGAGCCCGAUCUCAUCCCCGUUUUCUUGCCCAGAUUCCCAAAUCUGCUUUUCUUUGAAGCCCAGGUUUUUAUCUCCAAUCCCCACCUUGAAUUCGUGGCUAAAACAUGCCCAAAAAUCCAAGUCCUCAACCUUAAUCUUAAGAAAACACUUGAAGAAUUCGAAGAACUUGACGAGAAUUCCGGUUUUGAAGAUGUUGGGAAUGAUGGGAUUAGCGCUUUGGCUAAUGGGUGUCCAAAUCUAUCCAAAGUCCUGUUGAGAAAGAGGAAAAACGUAGCGAAUUUUGCUGUUAUUUCCCUCGCUAAAUUGUGCAGGAACUUAACAACUUUGGAUUUAGGAAGGUGCAAUUUGGUGGAUGACCGAGCUGUCGAAGCAAUUGGGUGUUCGAAUUCGAUACGGGUUUUGAAUUUUGAAGCUUGUUCGUUGAUUACUGACCACGGUUUGGCUGUUUUAGCAACUGGGUAUAUCUCCAAAACGCUGAAAAAACUGGUUCUCGCAGAAUGUGAUCGAAUCACUGAUUCUGGGGUGUCAAUGUUGAAGCACAUUUGUUGUUUGGAAGAGUUAAAUUUAGCUGAAUGCGGGCCGAAGAUAACAGACUCCGGUGGCCUCGCCGUUUCUUCACUUUCAAGUCUCAAGAAAUUGAAUUUGGGUUGGCUGAUCAACUUAUCGGAUGUCACGGUUAUUGCCAUCGCCAACAAUUGUGUGAAGUUGGUGUCGAUUGAUUUAACAGGCUGUGAGUUAGUGACUGGAGUUGGUGUCAGAACAUUUGGUAACCAUGGUUCUCUAGAAUGCCUUGUGUUGGCUUCUUGUUACAAUAUUUGCAUGAAUGAUUUGAGCAUCGUGGUUAGAUGCCAGUCACUGAGGAACAUUGUGCUUGAUAAAGGACUGAGGAUGUGGAUUCCAAUGCCAAUGCAAGUGCAUAUCAGCAAGUUUUGUCAAUUGCAUUGGCGUUGAAGGAUUAACACACACACAAAACAGUCGAUUUCUAGGAUAGAAAUUUGGAUAAAAUCAAAAGUUAAAAGCGAGGGUAUUGAUGCUUGUUCAAGAUUAUUGAUGAAGGAAGCUCAGAAAACAUUGUUUGUUUGAUGGGAAAGCAAAAGUAAGGGUAUUUUCUGAUUGGAAAUAAAGUAUUAGCAGCCAAGAUUUCUUAUUGAAGUUUCAAUCUUUUUUCUUUUUUUUUUUUUGUUGUUGUUUCUUAAUGUUGUGGUUGUAAAGCCUUUUUCUUGCUUUUCAUUUGAGGUUUAUGACACAUUCAUCAAUCUUAAGGCAUAUUCCUCUUCUUCUUUUUUUC